CUCCCCCUCUCUCGCCCCUCCCUGUUCUCUGUAAAAGGGAACAAACCACCGGGUGCUGCUGUCCCUCCUCCAGCUCUCUGCUCGGUGAGGCUGCAGCUCCACCGACCCGCAGCCUCAACCACAAUGUGAAAACUAAACCGCCCGGAUAAAAGUUAUUUUCAUGGAAAGAAAGGCUGCAAGUAAAGGACCAUGGGGUAUGGGCAAAUCUUCCACCGGCGGGGGAACGAGGAGGACCAGGUUCACCUCAACGUCGGCGGGGUUCGGCACGAGGUGGAUCCGGAUAUGCUGCUCCGCUUCCCUCACACACGCCUGGCCCGUCUGCUGCACUGCCAAAAUGAGGCGUCAAUCCUGGAGUUGUGUGACGACUACAGCCCGUCCGAGAAGGAGUACUACUUUGACAGGAAUCCCCAGGUUUUCCUGGGUGUGCUCAACUUCUACCACACGGGGCAUAUCCACAUGAUGGAGGAGGUGUGUGUCUUCUCUUUCAGCCAAGAGAUUGAGUACUGGGGAAUCCAGGAGCUCCACCUGAGCCCCUGCUGCAGCUACUGGUACCACGAGAGGAAGGAGUACAUUGACGACAGAGACUGGGAUGUGAGGAGCGACGACCAGCAGCAGCCGAGCCUUGACUCCUCCUUUGAGGAGCUCUCUGCACUCGAUAAAGACAUGGCCAUGUUCAGAGGAGCCUGGUGUGCAGAAGUGAGGAGCUACGUUUGGCUGCGGCUUGAGGAUCCUGGUCACUCAACAGGUUCAAAGAUCAUUGCCGUGGCCUCCCUCAGCUUGGUGUUGACCUCCAUCGUUGCCAUGUGUGUCCACAGUAUGCCUGAGUAUCAGCAGGAGGACGAAAACGAUAAACUCAUCGAGAAUCCUGUCCUUGAACUCAUCGAGAAGAUUUGCAUCGCCUGCUUUUCCACUGAGUUCCUCAUCAGGCUGAUUGUUUCGCCCUCACGCAGGAAGUUCCUCAGAAACCCCUUAAACCUCAUCGAUGUCGCCUCCAUUUUGCCAUUUUACGCCACUUUAGCUCUGGAAACAGCCGAUGAGGAAGCCGCAGAGGAGAACGAGGACUUGGAAAAUGUUGGGAAGGUGGUUAAGGUGCUGCGCCUCAUGAGGAUUCUCCGAAUCCUCAAACUGGCUCGCCACUCCAUCGGGCUGCAAGCGCUGGGCGCCACUGUCCGACACAGCUACCAAGAGGUGGGUCUGCUCCUUCUCUUCCUCUCGGUGGGGAUCUCCAUAUUUUCCGCCCUCAUCUACUCUGCAGAGAGGGAUGUGGAGAAUACAGAUCUGGGGACCAUCCCUUCAGGAUGGUGGUGGGCCACCAUCACCAUGACCACAGUGGGUUACGGUGACACCUGCCCAGUAACCCUGGCGGGGAAGAUAGUGGCGACCUUGUGUAUCGUGUGUGGCCUGUUGGUGGUGGCUCUGCCCAUCACCAUCAUCUUCAAUAAGUUUUCAAAGUACUAUCAAAGAAACAAAGCCAUGGUGGGUAAGGGUAUCACUAAGACUGUGAGAAAAGAUCCAGAGCUUCCUUAUUAUAAUAUAAAAGACCUCUUCGCAGGAAGUGUGUAUCCCUUUAUCGGAAGUAUCGCCUUCAGGAACAGUGUGAGCAGCACAGGAGACGAAACAGACGCAUCCAGUCUCCAGGAUAUAGAGGUGUAUGACAGCGAGACUUGUGAAAAUGGGCCAGCGAAAUGAGAUUCAAUGGAGUGUCACUCCCUUUAUGACUUCAAGUCACUCCGGGCCUCUCAGGGCGCUCCAUCACACACCCUGCCUCUCUGAACGGUCUUCCUCCUGCAAUCUGACAGAGAAAUAUGGUGGUCGUGAAUUGUUUUGGUUUUUUUUCCUCUACAAGGGCUUAUGAAAUAUACACAGCGUCACUAAAACCCGGGAAAUCUUAAGGGAAUUUAAGCCUUGCUCUGAGGUCUAAAAGCUCAUUUCCUGCUUGAAGAAACGGCAAUGAUGCAUGUCGGAGGCCAUAAUGUUAAUGUUUUUUCAAAGUAAUGCCCUUUAUUGAUUUGUCUGCUCGCUGAAAGUUCAAAGUGAGAUUUCAGCUAAAGUCUAUAAUGGCAACAAUACUGUUUGCUGUUUCAAAAUGGUAUUAUAUAUUUCUAAUUGACUGAUGGUACACCGUCUGCAUGAACAAAAAUAAAAGCAUUUCUAAAUAAUGUUUAGAAAUAUGCACUAGUUUUGAUGCUGACCAGGAAAGCACUGAUAUACCAGGUAUUUGGUGUUUAACUUUUCUUUUGGAUAGUUGUUUCCGCAUGCUGGGUGACUCCUGGGGGGAUAACUCAUGUGGACAUGAAGUAAAACGCAGUGAAUCUGAGGGAAUAUGCCUCUCGUUUGUGACUUGGCAUACAGUAAGGUGUUCUACCCACUCAUUCAGAUAAGGUUUGCAGCUGAGGUUCACUGCAUUUAUUCAUCGCCAUAUGUUCUUCACUAAAAUAACUCUAAACCAAAACUGUCAUCAAUGUCUUGUCUUUAUUGGGGAGAUGCACUUUAAACUGUUGACGAACUUCAUGCAUCUCUUCUUCACUCUCUUUCUGUUCCUGAAAGCAUCGAUUUGCUGUCCCUUAGUAUAAUCUCCGGUUGGAUGAGCUUCUGUUACUAGAGCGAGAGAUGUCGAAUAUCGUUCUCUACAGGGGUCUCGAAGGUGUUCCUGCAGCUCCUCAGAAGCUCCUACACUUAGAGCUCAAAUGUUACUUUUAUUUUUCAAUUUGAUGUUUAGAUGGUUUCCUAUUUAUCAGCUUAUUUUUCAAUGAAUGAACAUUAACACGAUGAUAAAUGUCAGUGUGGAGUUGAAGAGGUUGGUUUUAGGGACUAGCUGCAGUUUAACCAGGACAGAUAAUCUCAUUUCGUUAAUGUUAGUAAAUGAGUUUCAAUUGUUUCCUGUCUCAGGUGGGCAACACAUGGGAUAUUAGCAUAUUGCUCAAUCUGCACUUUUUUUAAUAACAAACACAGGGUCUUGGUCCAGAUAAGCAUUGAUUUUCAAUAAUAACUAUUCACACAGAUGCACGAGUGGCUGAAUGAUAUUGGAUUAAUUUGUCACACUUUAUGUCCGAUAAUAAAUCUGUCAGACAGUAUCUUGUGCUAUUACUCAAAAACUGUGCCUAUUUGUUUUCUUGUUUUUGUGUUGUGGAGAAUAAUAAUCAAUAUUCUUAACUCUUGUUGACAUUCAAUUAAGUUACAUGAAAACCUUUUGUCAAAACCAAAAGCUGGCAAACUUCAGCAAUAAAAAGUGAAUGGAGAAAAUGAGGGAUUA